AUGUCGGGAAUACCGGAUAUGCCAAGAGAUUCUGCUCAGUUGCACGGCAUUAAAAGAUAUGAUCAAGCGAAGACUCCAAGAAGCGAGGUCACAAAUGAUCGUAGAGUGGACAACGCGAAGAAAAAAUACGUUGGUCAACCUGAAGAAACAGUAAUGGUUGAGACAGCUAGGCCCAGUACUCCACCAUCACAGCUGAUCACAACUGUAGCUGAGCAAAAUACUCCAACCAAGGGUGGAAAAUGA